AUGCCGACGUUCGCCAAGGAUGCAGUUACUUUAACAUUACGACCAGCUGAUGCUGAUGACUUCGAUGAAAUAGUGAAACUUUCAGAGGGAAUUUACGCAGGACAUGAUUAUCUUCCGUUGAUGUUCCGCCAGUGGCUUCAGAGGGACAACGUAGUUGUCAUACUUGCCCAUUGUGGCGUUAGACUCGUCGGAUUAAGGGCAAACUUCGUAGUAGAUGACGGCCGCACUUUGAUUCAUCGAGCGGGACGCGUUCAUCCAGAUUAUCGAGGUCAAGGUAUUUUCAAAUGGGUCGGCGAGCACUCCAUCAAACAUGCAAAAGAGCAUUAUCCUAAUCUACAAAGAAAGCGGUUUACUUCCAUUGGUGACACUGAAAUUCCGGAUCCGAGGAAACUUUUCGAGUUGCAUGUAGAAGCGUAUCACGUUGGGAAAGAAUUCUGUGACAAACUAAAGGCAACAGUCUUGACAAAUUCGAUGGAGAUCAAGACUUGUGCACCUGAUUAUUUCGCCAAUAUUAUUGAAUCUUUACCAGCCAGGCUGUUCACGAGGAACUCUAUCCUAAGUAACUGGUGCCCUUUCGAAAGACUACGAUCCAAUGUUGAUCACAUUUUACGAGAAAGUACUGAACUCUAUGUGGAGAAAUGUGAUGACGACGUUAUUCCUAAUUCUCUUGGUGUUGGCACGCUUUCCCCGAGGGUGAAAUAUAAGCAAUGGGUCGCUGAGGUUUAUGCCGAUUCUCCAGAUCUUUUUCAAGCUCACAUCGUGCAUCAACUAAAGCGUGCUUGUGAAUUAAUUAACGACGAUUUUAUUUUCAUAUUUACGAUGCAAGACGAGAGUUUAAGUUCGCUCCUAAGGAUCAUCAUGAAGGACCAACUACAGUUCAAAACGGCUGACUUCUAUCAUAACAAGACACUGAGAGUGUAUGAGAUGGACAUAACCGAAAAAUCCCACCGUUAAAAUACCUCACUCAUCCUAUUCUGCUUUAAGACAUUUCAAACCUGCUGCUGACUCGUCACCAGUCUUUAUUCUCCUCUUUGCACCAAUGAGUGCCGCUUGUGUUGCGUUGUGGUAGUGUUAUUUUCAAUAUAGCUGAGUAAGCGACAGAAAUCGGCAGAUUUUGACUGAACAUUCCGUAAGGGUUAGGCCUUUUUUUUUUCCUUUGACCAUAGGUACAAGAAAUUCGAUUUAUUCUGAAUGUGUAGAAGUAGUUUUUGUACGUAUUUGUCGCGUAUUUUAUGGUUCUCAAGGACAAAUGCAAUCACUGUUUUUUUAGUAUUUAACUAGACGCUCGAGGAGCGUCACUUGGGCUUCGUAUCGAGCGUUUUACUUGGGCAUUCACCACUGGAUAGUUUGGUAUAAUUGAAUCUAAUCAUGUCUCGCAUAUUGGGGCUCUAUAUUUAUUUAAGGGGUCAUCAUUUUCUUCUUCGCUACUCUUUAAUUUUAUCAUUUUCUCUUGCAUCAUACCCCAAUGCAGGACCACUAUCUGUUGUUACAUUGUUUGAUGUAGCUUGUUGAUGUGUAUCGUCUGCAUCAUUUUAUAAAGUUGUUAGGUUGCUAUCAAUAUUGUUAAUAUCAACUAGUAUGUCUUUGUACAAUGAUUAUGUACUUUGAGCCAGUUAAGAACUUGCUGUAUUAACUCUGGUAGUGAUGCUUGAAAAUAUACAUGUCCUCUAGAUUGUAACUUUCUUUUAAGCUAAAGUAUUAUUAUACAAGAUCUGUCAGGUGGAUGAGGGAGUUGAUUACAUGUCUGAUCACAUUCUACAGGUACAUUGCAUAUUGCACCCCUAAUUUUUCUCUGUUGUCCUUUAUGCAUGAUCAUAAUCUUCUCAAAUACUAUUUGUUGAGCUAUUCAUAUUUGUUUUAGUUUUUCUAAAGAGGAUAGUUCUGUGGUUAUUUCAUCCACAUACAUAUUCCCAUUCACUAUAGCCUGACAUGGUUAAUUUCCUUUUAUGACCUUUGAAUGACAUGUGUGGCAUAUAUACUGUUUUCCAUCAAAUGACGGUUGAAUAUUGAAAUAUUUUUGGCAAGGGUACAUCUUGUUUAGGCAUUUAAUUACUGAUUUCUUAUAAAGUAUUUGAUUACAGACAGUGCAUUUAAAAUAAGUAAGCCUUUAUAUGGGCCCAAGUGGCCCAUGGGGCUGGUGCUUAACUCCGGUUUUCUUAGCAUGAAGUGGCUAGGAGUAUUGCUACUCCCCCCUGGAUGGGAUGCUAGUCCAUCACAGGGUUACCCCCAGCACAUUUGCUGGUACCCAUUUGUACACCUGGGUGAAGAGAAGCACUGUGAGAGUAAAGUGUCUUGCCUAAGAACACAACACAAUGAUCCUGGCCAGGGCUCAAACCCAGCCCACCCAAUCCGGAGUCGAGCGCACUAACCAUGAGGCCACCGCACCUCCACUACAUAUAAAAUAAGGGCCUUCUCUUAUUUUUGUCUUAAACUGGUUAAUACACAAUUCAACCAAUCUGGCUUUCACUAAUUUCCCAUUGAGUUGAGAAAGUAAUCCUUUCUUCUUUCUAGCAUCCAUAGUUGAAUAUUUCUUUUAAUGUCUUCCAGAAACCUUUUUUUGGAAACAGGUUCCAUGCUGUCAUACAUAUGUUUUUUUUUUGCUUCUGUUUUCUCAUGAUGUGUUUCCUUCAAUUUCAGUAAUCUUACAUGAACAGCAGCUGAAUUGUAUAUCAUAUUCCAUAGUCUAACAUUCCUGUUUAUUUGAAUAAAAUUAUUGAUUUUCUCUACUAGAUUAUCCACAAAGAGUAAAUACUUGCAGAAAACCUCUGUCCAGAACCACAGGCCUCUCUACCAAAAGAAUACUUUGUUUAAGUUUGAUACUAUAGGUAACUUGCUUUAUUUGCAAAAUAAUUAACAUUGAAGGCAUCAGUACAUACACAUUAAUGCAACUUCAAAAAUUGGUUUCAGCCAGAAACUUGUUUAUUUUUUCAAUUAUUAAUAAUCAUGAUGUUAUCCCACUCAUCAAUCUGUAUGGCCUUGUACAAAUGUAUGAAACAUGUUUCUCUAUUAUUUUGUUCAUGGGAUGCUCAAGUUAAGAUAAAAUCUCUAAUGAUUAUUGUUACAACCACUGCUUUACCAAGCAACUGAGCUAAAACAGAUUGAAUAACUGGCAAUACAGAAAACAAUACUGAAUACACCAAUUGGCAACUGGUUCCAUGCUGUCAUACAUGUUUUUUUCUGUGUUUUCUCAAGAUGCGUUUCCUUUCAAUUUCAGUAAUUUUACAUGAACAGCAAAUAAAUUGUAUAUUAUAUUCCAUAGUCUGACAUCCCUGUUUAUUUUGAAUAAUAUUAUUAAUUUCCUCUACUAGAUUAUCCACACCACAAAUGUGCAUUGUCUGUUUCAUUGCAGGUGAAUGACUGUCUUCAUAUGUCAGAGGAGAAAACAAUUGCUUUACUUUCGUAUUUUGUUGAUAAAUACAAGCUAUACAGUAUACAGUUACUUGAAAUCCACAUUAAAAAGCCUGUUUUCCCAGUGUGGUUCCUUAAAAUCAAGGUCUCUUAAGAUAUUCUGUUCCCAAGUUAAAUUACUUGACUCUCUGUGACUUACUUCAUUAACGUGUACAUUUAUGUUAGUGCCAAAAAUUGUAACACUGUCAGGCAAGGUAACAGAUAUUAAGCAGUACUUACUCUGCAUUGUAUUGUUAAGCUGAGAUCCACUUUUGAUAAUUGCAUCUAAGGUAUUUGAGUUCCAGUAACUACAAGGUGAAAUGAUUGAGUAACAGAAUAAAGAGCUACUGCAAAACAGUGGUCUUUGUAACACUUGUGGUGACCUGAUAUCUCUUUAAUACCUCUCUUACACUGUUGCUUAUUGCCACAUCAUAUUUUGUAAUUUGUUAACCUUUUAGUUCAUACAGAUCAGUUGCUCCAUUUAAACUUUGAAAGUGAUACACUAAGUUGUCUGUAGAUGAUAUAUCUAAUAGACCACAGGUUCCUUGAGUGUGACUUUACCAUAAACAUCUCUAGCAUGUGAGUCAAACACUUUAAAUGGCCAUUAUCAGCAAAGCAAAUAAUACCCACAGCAAUGCAUCCAACUGUUAAAAUAUAUGACUUAUAUUGUUCUGAUAUCAAUGACUCAAAAGCUCUUUUCAGGCCCACACAGUAUUGAUAUCCCUCAAUGGUAGGCUCACCAUGGACAUUACCAAAGUAACUUUCACUGUAUUCUAGCUGGUAAUCUUUCUCUAGUACUGUAAGCAUUGAUGGUAAAUCUGUUAGCAGUAAAAAUGAUUGUCUUGAUAAUUGUGACAAACUGCUAUAUAGUUGAUUUCCAAAAUGCAUUAUUUGUUUCAAGUCAUUGGAAUUGCCUAUUCCUUUCAUAUUGUAGUACAUUAAUGCACAUAAACUCAUUGCAACAGCGUGCCAACAGAUGCCCAGCGUUUUGUCCAAAUACAACAACAUCCCCUUGGCUAUAUAGCGCUUUUAUUGUUUUCCUGGGAUCCACAAGGUGCAUACAAGGAACAGGGUUUUCUCUAUAUCAUUAUAGAGCUUGUUCUUUGUACAAUUGCCUCUGUGAAUUACACCUCUGUACUCACUAUAUGGGAAAUUACACAAAAGGAACCUUAAGUAUUUGAGAUAUUUCUUUCCAUGUUUAUCUCUACUUGAAUUGUAGACAUAUCUCAUUGAAGAGUUAACGUUCUUGUCCUAAAAAUUGGUUUCCUUCUCAUUUUUUGAUCAGAAUUGAUUGAUUGAACCGGUUUUUUUUAUUUUCCUUCUCAUUUUUUGAGCGGUCAGAUAACAAGUGAUACGCUGUAGAAGUAAGGUGAGUUAUUUUUAUUGAGAAUUUGACGUAUUUUUUUAUUCCUAAAAGCGGUCGUAAAUAUUCCCAUACAAACUCUCAUAAUUCCGCCAUGACUGUUAUUGCGCAAGAUGAUCAUCUCACAGCUGGAGCCUUGGCCGCCAGUGAUGAAAAUGUACUAGACAACAUCUUUGUUACUAUGGCCUACCCAAAUUCAUUAGCUUCGCAUGUACCUCUACACUUUUGGGGUAGUCCACAAUGUCAACCUUGUCUAAAUACCUUAACACGAACGUACUCAUAAUCUGUGAAUACUUCUAGUAAUAAUAACAGUGUUUGAGACCGGUUAUGGCCGCAAAAGGCCCAUUGCUGUGUUUGGAGUAUUGCGUUACACAGCGUUACUAUUGAAAGGACAUUUCCUAUGAAUACUCAACCGUGUUGUAAAUCAACAAUCGUAAGUAGAAGCAAAUCAACUAAUCGCGAGUAAUGUAAAUCUGCUAUCUUAAUUAUGGAAUGAAGGACCUUUGAAUUAGAGCAGUGAAGGUCACUUGACCAAUAAAUAACUCUACAUUGCGCCAGGCGACACGCCGGGUAAGCCGGAAAGCAAAGGACAGUCGACCGUUAAGGGUGUAGGUAGGCUUGUGCGACUCCUGCCAUUCGCUAGCGCUUUGAAAUCUUCUGCCCUCAAAGUUUAGCUGUUAUUAGGAUAUCUUAAUAACUUUCCUUUACGAUGUGAUAUUUAAGGUAACAUUACCCCAUCUGUAUGUUCUUGAGGUUUGGCAAAGCUGCAGGAAAUUGUGUUACAAAAGGCAAUUUAAAUUUUCCUCUGUGUGCGUCUGUUGUUUUUAAGUAUAUUUUCUUUCCCGCUGAAAAUGAUUCUCAAAGCCUUCAUAGAGGAAUCCUCUUUUCUUUAAGCGUAUUUUGAAACUGUAAGUUUGUUAUUAAACGUGGAGCGUGACGAAUUCGUCCUAGGCAGGCGAAGGGCUUCUUCAUUUACGAAUUCCGCAUUUACGCCAAGUGAAUGACAUAAGCUUUUCUUAUGUGCGUACUAUGCGGCUGACGGGGAGACAAAAUGACCCUGGGCUCGAGAUUGUUACACGGUAGGGUUCAUAUCAAGUCUCGUGAGGUCAGUCGGUCAACACCCCUAACCUUACGUCAACGUUCGCAAUGGAUGCAGUAACUUUAACAUUACGACCCGCUGAGGCUGACGACUUCGAUGAAAUUGUGAAACUUUCAGAGGGAAUUUAUGCAGGACAUGAUUAUCUACCGUUGACAUUCCACCAGUGGCUUCAGAGGGACAACAUAGUUGUUAUACUUGCCCACUGUGGCAUGAGACUCGUCGGAUUAGAGGCAUACUUCGUAGUAGAUGAUGGCCGCACUUUAAUUCAUCGAGCGGGACGUGUUCAUCCAGAUUAUCGAGGUCAAGGUAUUUUCAAACAGGUCGGCGAGUACUCCGUUGAACACGCAAAAGAGCAUUAUCCUAGUUUACAAAGAAAGCGGUUUGUUUCCAUUCGUGACACUGAAAUUCCGGAGCCGGGGAAACUUCUCGAGAUGCAUAUAGAGGCAUAUCACGUUGGGAAGGAAUUCUGUGAAAAACCAAUGGCAACAGCCUUGACAAAUUCGAUGAAGAUCAAGACGUGUACCCCUGAUUAUUUCGCCGAUAUCAUUGAAUCUUUACCAGCCAGGCUGUUCACAAGGAACUCUAUUUUCCUCAGUAACCGGUGCCCAUUUGAGAGACUUCGAUCCAAUGUUGAUCACAUUUUACGAGAAAGUACUCAACUCUAUGUGGAGAAAUGUGAUGACGACGUUAUUCCUAAUUCUCUUGGUGUUGGCACGUUUUCCCCGAGGGUGAAAUACAUACAAUGGGUCACUGAGGUUUAUGCCGAUUCACCAGAUCUUUUCCAAGCUCACAUCAUGCAUCAACUCAAGCGUGCUUGUGAAUUAAUUAACGACGAUUUUAUUUUUACAAUUACGAUGCAAGACGAGAGUUUAAGUUCGCUCGUAAGGAUCAUCAUGAAGGACCAACUACAGUUCAAAACGGCAGACUUCUAUCAUAACAAGACCUUGAGAGUCUAUGAGACGGACAUAACCGCAAAAUCUCAAAUAUAA